GUAAUUGGAAAGACAUUUCAUUCAAUUCUAAAUCGGGAACAUGAAAGGCGGAGGCGGUGGUGGAGGUGGUGGCGGCGGAGGAAAACGCCGGUGGAAAGUUCUGGUUAUUGGAGUUUUGGUUCUUGUUAUUCUUUCUAUGCUUGUUCCUCUUGCUUUCUUGCUCGGUCUUCACAAUGGCUUUCACUCUCCUGGAUUUGUCACUGUUCAACCGGCUUCUUCUUUUGAGAGCUUUACCAGAAUCAAUGCUACCAAACAUACACAGAGAGAUGUAUCCGAACGGGUGGAUGAGGUUCUUCAAAAAAUCAAUCCAGUUCUUCCCAAGAAAAGCGACAUAAACGUGGGUUCCAGAGAUAUGAAUGUGACAAGCGGCACUGAUUCUAAAAAAAGAGGAUUACCAGUGUCCCCAACUGUUGUUGCCAACCCAAGCCCUGCAAAUAAAACAAAAUCUGAAGCCUCAGAUGAAGGUGUUCAGAGGAAAAUAGUAAGUGGGGAUGAAACUUGGAGAACUUGUGAAGUGAAAUAUGGGAGCUACUGCCUCUGGAGGGAGGAAAAUAAGGAACCUAUGAAAGAUGCCAAGGUAAAGCAAAUGAAGGACCAGCUGUUUGUGGCUAGGGCAUACUAUCCCAGUAUUGCUAAAAUGCCUUCUCAAAGCAAGUUGACUCGAGAUAUGAAACAGAAUAUCCAAGAGUUUGAGCGUAUUCUUAGUGAAAGUUCUCAAGAUGCUGACCUUCCACCACAGGUUGAUAAAAAGUUGCAGAAGAUGGAAGCUGUAAUUGCAAAGGCAAAGUCUUUUCCAGUCGACUGUAACAAUGUUGACAAGAAAUUGAGACAGAUCCUUGAUUUGACUGAGGAUGAAGCUAAUUUCCACAUGAAACAGAGUGUGUUCCUCUACCAGCUUGCAGUACAGACAAUGCCUAAGAGUCUUCAUUGCUUGUCAAUGAGACUAACUGUGGAACAUUUCAAGUCAGCUUCACUUGAGGAUCCCAUUAGUGAGAAAUUUUCAGAUCCCUCAUUGCUUCACUUUGUUAUCAUCUCCGAUAAUAUACUUGCAUCGUCCGUUGUGAUCAACUCAACAGUUGUACACGCAAGGGACAGUAAGAACUUUGUUUUCCAUGUACUGACAGACGAGCAGAAUUACUUUGCAAUGAAACAAUGGUUUGUUAGGAAUCCCUGCAAACAAUCAACUGUUCAAGUAUUGAACAUUGAAAAACUCGAGCUGGACGAUUCUGAUAUGAAAUUGUCUUUGCCUGCGGAGUUCCGUGUUUCCUUCCCCAGUGGUGACCUUUUGGCGUCCCAACAGAAUAGAACACACUACUUAUCCCUUUUCUCUCAAUCUCACUACCUUCUUCCCAAAUUAUUUGACAAAUUGGAGAAGGUUGUGGUUCUGGAUGAUGACGUUGUAGUCCAGCGAGACUUAUCUCCCCUUUGGGACCUUGAUAUGGAAGGGAAAGUGAAUGGCGCUGUGAAGUCGUGCACUGUGAGAUUGGGUCAGCUAAAGAGUCUUAAGAGAGGAAAUUUUGAUACCAAUGCCUGUCUCUGGAUGUCUGGUUUGAAUGUCGUUGAUCUUGCUAGAUGGAGGGAAUUGGGUGUUUCAGAAACCUAUCAGAAAUAUUAUAAAGAGCAGAUGAGUGGUGAAGAUGAGUCGAGUGAAGCAAUUGCAUUGCAGGCAAGCUUGCUUACAUUUCAAGACCAAGUAUAUGCUCUUGACGACAAAUGGGCUCUAUCAGGGCUUGGUUAUGACUACUACAUCAAUGCCCAAGCCAUAAAAAAUGCUGCCAUAUUACACUAUAACGGGAACAUGAAGCCGUGGCUUGAGCUGGGAAUCCCAAAGUACAAAAACUAUUGGAGAAAGCAUCUGAACCGGGAAGAUCGGUUCUUGAGUGACUUGUCUGCAGUUUCAUUGCUGAUUUGGGACAAAGGUUUGCUCUGUUUCCAAUGGACUUGUUUCUCUCCAAUGAAAGGAGAAACAACGUGGCCGGAAGAGAAGCUUGGAGGAGUAGCAGGUGCAGAUGCAGUUGCAACAGCCAGCAGCAGAUCUAAGUCGAGGCUCUUGAGGAAUGUGUUCCAGAACGUUAACGCCUCUAAGCCGCACUUAAAGGGCUUGUCAUUGUGACAGCAACUUAGGACAGUAGGAUCAGAGUGUUCCAUAACUAUAUAUGGUUGACCAAUUUGGGACUAAAGAGAGUGUGUACGUGUUAGUGUAGCAUUCUUUGAUUUUAUUGGAUCUUCAUUCAUUUUCAGUAAUCAUGUAAUAUAUAUUCAUCGAAUGGAAUCAAAUGUCUCAUAGUCA